AUGGCCGCUUACUGCAAUGAGGUCCGUAAGCUCGAGGACAAGUUCGACGGGUUGGAGCUCAACCACGUCACAAGGCGAUUCAACGAAGCCGCUGACGAGCUGGCAAAGGCGGCGUCCGGCCGGAUGCCCGUCCCCGACGGUGUCUUCGUUAGCGACCAGCUGAAGCCUUCAAUCCGUUACCUAGAGCCAGCAGGGCUAGGGGAGGUCGGCAACACGCCACCUGUCCUGGACCUGAGCACCGAUCCCAAGGGAAUCAGCGCUGCCCCACCCGACCCGGCCCCGGAAGCCAAGCCUCCCGACCCCGUGGUUAUGGAAAUUGAGGCGGGCCCUGCGGCGGGCGCUGACCCCACACCCGACUGGAGAACCCCGUACCUCAACUACCUUGUCCACGACGCGCUCCCGGCAGACAAAACCGAAGCCCGCAGGAUCGCGCGCCGUGCAAAAUCCUUCGCCAUCAUCAACCGGGAGCUCUACAAGCGAAGUCACACGGGGAUCCUACAGCGCUGCAUCCCGAUCGACCAGGGAAAGGCGCUGAUCCAGGAUAUCCAUGCCGGAGCUUGUGGUCACCACGCUGCGCCAAGGACGCUUGUGGGCAACGCCUUCCGACAAGGUUUCUACUGGCCAACCGCGGUCGCGGAUGCUACUCAGGUAGUCCGCACCUGCGAGGGAUGCCAGUUCUUUGCCCGCCAAACCCACCUGCCCGCGCAGGCGUUACAAACCAUCCCCAUCACGUGGCCGUUCGCGGUCUGGGGGCUGGAUCUCUUCACCGGAAAGAGAUUCCUCCAGUUCUGCGACGACCACCACAUUCGAGUGGAUUGGGCGGCAGUUGCGCACCCCCGCACGAACGGGCAAGUCGAGCGAGCCAAUGGCAUGAUACUUCAGGGUCUCAAGCCACGGAUCUUCGACCGCCUUAAAAAGUUCGGCGGACGAUGGGUUGCGGAGCUCCCAGCAGUCCUCUGGAGCCUGAGGACGACCCAAAAUUAUCAAGCUUUACAUCUCAUCAAGAGCUCUUUGUGUGCCGAAGAAUUUGACAAGGUGGAUGGUUUGCAAUCCGCCAAAGAAGUAUGGGACACUCUCUUCAUCAACCACCAAGGCACAAAGAGAGUUAGAGAAGGAAGAAUUAGAGCCCUGGAAAGUGAACUAAAUCAGUUCAUCAUUGAGGCAGAUAAAACACCCCAAGAGAUGUUCAAUAGGUUGAAUAAAAUAAUUAACAAGAUAAGGUCUCUUGGGAGUGACAAGUGGGGAAGAAGAGAAGUGGUUGACAACAUCCUCUUGGCCUAUAUGGCUAGAGAUGUUCAACUCCCAAUCUUGGUUAGGGAGAAGAGAGGAUUUAAGAAGUUCACGCUGGCGAACGUGAUUGGAAUAAUUGAAGAACACCUUAUCACUGUCAAAGAAUCCAAGCUAUCCCAGGAGAUGUCUAUGAUUCGUAAGCAAAUUGAGAAGAACAAUGGGGUAGCACUCAAGGCAAGCCACAAGAACAAAGAAAACGAAGAAAGCUCAUCAUCAAAAGUCACCAUCAAGAAAAGUGAUGAUGAUAGUGAAAGUGAGAGCAUGGAUGAGGAAGAAAUGGCUUUAUUCAUGAAAAGAGUAAAGAGAAUGAUGAAGAGGGGUGGCUUCUGA